GAAGUGAAUGGUUGACUGAACUCCGGUUCACUUGCCUAGACCAUUUCCGGCUGCACGGUUCCACCACCAGGCACCGUACCAGCGACCAAAUUACCAGACUACCCCCAAGAGAUCCGAUCGGAGGCACCACACCGGCGCUCGAAGCCCCGCAGCCAGGCAGCCAUCAAGCCAUGGACCGCCGUGGCGUGGCAAGCUACCGGGGCCGGAGCUCCGCCCGAGGUCAAGGCUGGCGAGGACGCGGACGCAGCGGCGACAGCCGCCCCUCCCCUCGACCUCCUCCCUCUACCGUUUCCUCCGCGGCGGUCACCUCCACCCCGGCCGUUACGGUCGACGACGCCGCGCCCAUCGUUGGCACCUGCCCCGACAUGUGCCCAGCGAGGGAGCGAGCGCAGAGGGAGCGACUGAGGGACAUUGCCGUGUUCGAGCGGGUGGGCGGCGACCCCGCGCGCACGUCUCCUUCCCUCGCCGUCAAGAAGUUUUGCAGAACUAUAUCUUCAACGAAUGUACAGUCAUCAGAUAUACGUCCUCUGCCAGUCUUGCGAGAAACAAUGGAUUAUCUUUUGCAUAUACUGGAUUCUUCAGAGCUUCCGUAUGAGGCAAUCCAUGAUUUCAUCUUUGACAGGACAAGGUCUAUAAGACAAGACCUCAGUAUGCAAAACAUAGUGAAUGGUCAAGCGAUUCAAAUAUAUGAAGAUGUGGUAACGUUUCAUAUUAGGUCCCAUCAAAGACUUGCUAAGUCGUGCCAGGAUUCUGAUGCAUCUUCCCUGUGUUUCCUAAACAUGGAGCAGCUAACGAAAUGCCUCCUUUCUCUGUUUGAUAUGUAUCAUGUAAUUUAUAAGAGCAAUCCCCACAGCAAUAAAGAGGCUGAAUAUUAUUCAUUCUAUGUGCUUCUACAUUUGGGCUGCAAGAUACCCAAAAUGGUAGAUUCACUCUCAUUGUGGUAUGGUCAAUUAGCUACUCCAAUUAGACGGUCAAAAGAAAUGAUAUUUGCUACAACUUUAUUAAGAUACUACCACCUAGGAAACUUCAAGCGUUUCUUUUGCAUGGUAGCAACAGAAGCAACCAAUCUUCAGUUGUGCCUGGUAGAACCUUUUCUCAAUGAGGUCCGAGCUAGAGCACUAAUGUAUUUUAAUCAUAGCGGCUACAAACUUCAACACCACCCUCUGGAACAUCUAUCGGGAAUGCUAAUGAUCGAGGCGUCGGAACUGGAAAUUCUUUGCGGAAUAUGUGGACUUCAAAUAAGCAGAAGCGAAGGUAUGAAAGGUUUUGCUCCUAAGCAAACAAGCUUCAGCCUACCAACAUUCAUGCCCCAAAGUAAUGGCAUUUUCGUCUCAAGGGAGAUUGAAAGAUGAAAAGAACAUUGUGAUUCAGAUUUUUAAUUGGACUGUAGAAUAUAUCGAAAACUUGUCAUGUUACAUGUAAACCAUUUUCCUGUAUCCAACACAAAAACUUACGAUUCCAAGAAGAGGAUUGUGAAUGAUAUUGUGUAUGUUAAAAAUACGUGUAAACCAUUUUCUUCUAUGCUUU